AUGUCUGAUAUUGAGUUGCCCAACCAGUCUACUGAGAGUGAUGAUGAGCUUAUGAAACCAACAUUCCUUACGAAACUGAAUCCAAGCCCUGGAACUAGUUCCCAAAAUGAGGGUGAAAACAGCUACAGUGCCUACAUAUCAAUCCUCGAACAAACCCCAAUGAAUACUCAGGAUAAACCGAAUACAGAGGAGGAAAAUAAUAUUGAGGAGUCACCAAAUGUUGCAAGGACCGCUAUUCUUGAGGAUAGCAUAAGGAACAUCUUAAGGAAGUGCUUUGACAUCAGAGCAAAAGUUUCUGUACGCUUUGCUGAUGAGGAAGGGAUAGAUGUUGGCGGCCCUUCCAGGGAGUUCUUCAGACUUCUAAUGAAAGACAUAAAUGAACGUUCAGGGAUCUUUCAAGGGGAAGAAUAUAAACGUGUACUGGCAAUAAAUCCUGAAGCUCGUAGAAAGGACUAUUACAGAUUGGUGGGACUUGCCAUCGUUUGGUCCCUUGUACAGGGAGGCACAGUGGGAAACUUCUUUAGUGCAUCAUUAUACAAUACCAUUGCCAAUGUUCCAGAGCUUAAGCUGGAGGAUCUGCCAGCCAACAUGAAGUCCAAAGUUCAGAAGAUCCAGGAUGCCUCAGACAUCAAUACCCUGAUGAAUGCUUUGGAUGAUGAAGAGAUUACUUGCAUAUUAGAAGCCCAGGGUGAACCAACAUUUGUAAAUGAUAUUGGAAAGAAAGAUAAGUUUGCAAAGAUCAUCAUACGCCACGUAUUAUUACAGGGCUCGUGCAGGAAUUUUCUGUAG